GUAACAUGAAGACAUUUCCGCUCGGAAUUGUGGGCUUUGGAGUCUAGUCUCUCUCGAUGCGGUCGUUGACCUGUCUAGUAUUCCUAGAAACUGACUACAAUUCCCAUAAGGCUACACGGUACCUUCUUUGGCACGUGAUGCUUGAGCGCUGAUGCUUUCGGGAGUCAGAGUUUAUUCGUUUAUCAUUUGUGGUCAUCCGCGUUCGUUUGGGGACUGCGGAAAGAAAAUACGUCCCAAACUCCAAUUACAUCUUUGGGGAGGUGGUUUUGAGGUUUAGGUCCGAAUUGUGAAGUUUAUCUAUCUAGUGUCAGGCACUGAACACAUGUAGCAUUUGGAGAGCGAAAGUGCAUUUGGUGGCGUCUGCAUGGGGAAGCGCUACUUCUGCGACUACUGUGACCGCUCAUUUCAGGAUAACCUCCACAACAGGAAGAAGCACCUGAAUGGGGUGCAGCACCUGAGGGCCAAGAAAGUCUGGUAUGACCUAUUUCGAGAUGCUGCAGCAAUCUUACAGGAGGAGCAGAGUAAGAAGCCCUGUCGGAAGUUCCUGCAGACAGGUCAAUGUGAUUUUGGCUCUAACUGCAGAUUUUCUCACAUGACUGAGGUGGACUUGGAGAAACUGAAUGCACAGGUACAAGAGGAGAGGAGAGCAAAAGAACAGCAGCGAGAUGGGAUACCAAAUCCCCCAGGGACCAUCGAGGAGUGGCUGGAGAAGAGGGCCAAGCGGCUCAGCUCGACUCAGACAAACAGUGCCGACCCUGAGGAAGAGUCCAUUUUCCAGUAUCCACCUGGUUGGCCACCAGUUCAUGAGCUUCCUCCUUCCCUUCAGGCUCCGCCUCCCGGUGGAUGGCUGGUCCCGCCCAAUCUCCAGUGGGGAUGAAGGAUGGUUCAGAAUUUGGAGGGUCAUUGUAAAUUGCAAGUAUUGUACUUGAGGUUCCUGCCUCCCAGUAAACUUUAGCAUUGGCAUGUUAUUUUUCAGAAUGGAUGAAGUUCAAAUCAGAAUUUUUAAAAAAGAUAGGGGAGGGGAGGACCAUAACAAAUGGCGAGGAAAAUAAAAGUGUGGAGAAUUGUUAGAAAGGCAAGCUAUGUGGCAUCUCUAGUCUGUUCACUUUUAAAAAGAUAUUUGUAUAGAGCCAGCUGGUGUUUAAUGGGAUUACACUCUUGCUUUGGUAAAUACAUCUUUUUCUAAUGAAUAAAGAACCAUGGGCUCCA